UAUGGACAAGAUGGCUGACUUCUUGUCCAAAUCAAAGAUAUUCAACGCAACAAAAAUCCACUUUUCUCCAUGAUAUAUCAUGUCUGGUUCCAGUUCUGACCAAAGGUUUGCUGACUACUUCGUAGUAUGCGGUUUGGACACGGUUUCAGGGCUGGAACCGGAUCAACUAUCAGGAGAUUCUCUUCACAUUUCACCUCUUCAACGUUCAUACAAAGCCAAGGUUUUAGCACAUUACCCUGCUAAUGUUGAAUGGAAUCCUUUUGAUGAAGAUGCUGUAAGACUGCUUUCCUUACCCCAAGGCCUUCAGUUCAAGAAGCAGUCAGAGCCCCAUGACCCAGUUAUUCAUUCAUUUCUCAUCACCCGUGAAGAUGGUACAAGAAUUUAUGGCUGUACCCUUACCUUUUAUGAGAAAGUUGAAAACAAACAGAUCUGUGAAGCUAUGCAAACCUUGCAUGCCAUGCAUGAAGCUGAACUUAACAUCGCAAGAUCUAAAUCAAGAAUGCGAUCAAGAUCUCCUGCUCCAAAUUCUCUGGACAGUCCACCAGCAUCAGACGAGCAACUYGAUUUUCACUUUGAACUACAAGAUGACAAAGAAUCUUCAACUUUUAACUUGAACAACGAUGUYCUAAUGGUCUCAAAAUGUGUAUCAAUAAUCAUGCCUUUGCCUUUUAUAUCAGCUUGCAGUGAAUUUUUAAARCAUUUAUACGAAGCCGCUGUUAAUGAACAACUUCUUUCCCUUCCAUUAGAGGCCUACAUUUAUAAUUUGUUAUUUGAGGUGCCGUUACCUCCGCCUGGACGUACUAUGCGAUUCAAGGGUAUUAAUGAGGACAUUACGUGCCAGCGACCUGGACCGAAUGAACUACCAUUAUUUGAUUACUCAUUAAAAGAGUUAUUUUUAUUACUUGGAGUGGAGAAUAUYAUUGAGAUAUUUACUUGUAUAUUACUGGAAUAUCAAAUUCUACUCCUGUCUAAAAGUUUUGAAAAGUUUAUGCUUGUAGCAGAGAGUCUUACGAACCUCAUCUUUCCUUUCGUAUGGCAGCAUGUAUAUGUCCCUAUCCUUCCAGCAUCACUUAAACACUUCUUGGAUGCACCGGUACCAUUUCUCAUGGGCUUAUAUUGUGAGACAGAGAAAGAUAAACAGAACCUACAACUACCAUCAGAGGCUUCACUUUGCUURGUUGACAUAGAAAACUGUAAUGUUACAACACCAGAAGAUUUACCAGAAUUCCCMAACAAACAAGAUUUGAUUCAUGAACUGAAAGAAACUAUAGAGAAAUUUAAUGUACCUUCAGGUCAAGAAACUCCUUUGAAUAGCCGAGCAAGUAGUGAAGGCAAUAGUCUUGAAACCUCUCUAGAAGUACCYCAAAACAGCUCUUUUCUCAGCAGUUCUGGGAUAAAUAAUAGUACUGAGAAUGAGAGUGGAUUUGGAAGUGCUUCCGGUUCACCUAGAAACUCAAUAUCCUACUCUCCAAACUCUCAACGAAAAAUGAAUCAAAGAGAAUCUCCCAGAGAAUCUCCCAGAGAAUCUCCCAGAGAAUCUCCUAGAGAAUCUCCCAAACUUGGGAGACGAGAUAAGCCUGUUGCAAGAGUAAGACCUCGGCGGACUUCUACAGAGAGGGCUAUUAAAUCCAAGUCUGCGACGUCACUGGAUUUGUCGAAGAAUCCAAGGCUUCAAGCUAUUGCAGCCAUCGCAGAGAGAACAGGGAUUAUGGCACCAAUGUCAUCAGUUGUUUCUAACCUAGAGAAGUCAGCUUCAGAUUCACAGCUUGAUUCGUACAGCAGAGAAGAAGAAGAGAUGUAUAUAUUUGGUGAACCAGCUAAAGAGAUAAGCCGYAAACAACAGCAUGAAAAUGAAUUUAAUACUGCAAUAAGAGAAAUAUUUGCGAACAGAUUUACGCAACUUUUAUUGGAGUAUGAAUCUUUUGUCAUUCAACCAACACAAGACUUUGAACAAUGGACUUCCAACCGUGAACAAAUGCAGAACUUUGACAAGGCAUCGUUUCUUUCUGACCAGCCCACUCAGUUUUUACCUUUCUUGUCUCCCUUCACUGAAACUCAGAUGUUUUCUAGUUUUAUUGAUAUGAAGAUUYUGGCUAACUGGGAAGAAUGUGAUGCUUCUCUAGCUGUUUUUGAUCAAAGAGUUGAAAACAUGAAGAACAGGCUUGGUGUGGUGAGGUCGCCUUCUUAUGAAAGGUGUAUAUCACUUAAGAACUCAAUUCAGGUUCUGUUAAAGAGGUCAAAUUCAGUGGAUUAUUUGGCAGUAGUACCUCAUAAUAUUUAUAUACCUAAGAAAGGGAAUGGAAAACAGUUAUUCAUGAAUUUGUAUUCUGAUGCUUUAUCUGAUGGGCCACAAGGAAAAGGAAAAAAGGUCRAUUGGAAGAAGCACGGUAGGAAGCAACGUCAUUCUGAGCAUGUUCUAUUAAACACMUCCAAGGAUGGAAAAAAGAUGAGAGAUAAAUUGGCAAUCAGCUUAAAGAAAUUCAUGCAAGAAUCAAAGACAAAAACCAGCCAAAGUCAACUUGGUGAUAUGGCAGCCCUUGAGACAACCCAGAAUGCAUUCAUCCAGAAACUUCUGAAAGAGUGUAGACAAAAGACCAAGAGAAUGCUUGUUCAGAAGAUGGGCCAAGAAGCAGUUGAUUUAGGUCACACAGAUGCAAGUGUGUCUGGUGUCGAGGAGAAUACGCUUAUUGCAAGUCUAUGUGAUUUACUGGAGAGAGUAUUUAGCCAUGGUCUUCAGACUAAAGAGGGUAAAUCAUCGYUGUGGUCUCACCUUUUGGCCUAUCAGUGUCUGUGUGAAAGCAAUGAGGAUGGACCUUCAGCACCUGCAGACCCCAACUUCUUGUCUCCAACAGGAAUUUCCAAAGCAGCCCUGGACUCACCUUCCAAGCAGCUAAACCUGAGGAGAAGAAGCACAGGAACUGACAUUCUUGCUAUGAUGCAACCACUACAUCAGUCCAGCUCUGUUCUUGCCGACAUGAGACAUGUGCAGAAAAUGUCUGAAAUCAAGACAGAUAUUGGACAUGCAAGAUCUUGGGCCAGGCUUUCUCUAGAGAAGAAAGUGCUAUCAAAACACUUGAAACAACUCAUGAGUGAUGACAGACUGCUAAGGAUGAGAUACAAAGAUUAUGCGUUCCUGAGGACAGAAGAAGAAAGAGAACAGUUCCUAUACCAUCUCUUGUCCUUGAAUGCAGUAGAUUUCUUUUGCUUCACAAACUGCUUUACUUCAACUGAUAUCACGUACAAGGUGGUGAUUAAAACAGGCAAACAGUUGGGUGGAGGAUCAACCACAGCUAACGCCUGGAUGACCCUAGCUGGACACGUCAAGGAUACUAGUGUAAUGCCUUUACCUAAGAAUGAAAAUGAAUUUAGAUUUCAGCAUUCCAAUCUUGGUGUUCUAACAACUCUACGUAUAGGACACGACAACUCYGGUCUGAGUCCCAGUUGGUUGAUAGAACAAGUAGUCAUCAAGAAUGAAAUAACAGAGCAUAUUUACAGGUUUCCGUGCGGCCGAUGGCUUGCCAAGAAUGUGGACGACGGAAGUACAGAAAGACUUCUUGUAGCAGAGCUCGUCAAGCCCAAGAGUGAAGAGCACAACCUGGCGGAAAUAUGCAGACUUUCACCUCAAAGACGCUCACCAGUAUUGUCAAGAAGGAACAGUGAAAGAACGCGUAUUCCAGACGUACAAGAAAGGAUGGCUGAUUCAGUCAACAACAUCGUCAAAUACUUUUACAAACCAGAAAAAGAGCGAGGUAACCUGACGUAUCUGUUGUGUGGUGAUGGUGGUCUCUGUCAAGCUUUGGAACAGGUUUUUCAGUGCGGUUUCAAGUCUUCUCGACUUUUUCGCAACAAUUUCUUUAUCUGGGAUAUUUUAGAGAAAGCCCAUCAAUAUUGGCAAAUGAACGAAGACGACACAGGUAUCCCAGCACACCUCAGGAUCGCCAAGAAGAGUUUCUGUACAAUGAUAACGAGAAUUAACCACUCAUCACAAACUAUUGGCAAAGAUGGCAAGUUUCAGAUAUUUGUGUGUCUGGGUGUUCGAGACCACUUACUUCAUAACUGGCUUGAGCUCAUCUCAUUGUGUCCCGCAGCGACCAACAUGUACGAUCCCAACUCAUUUCUUCGUGAUUCAAGUCUCGUUCAGUUCCUGGUAGACGUGCUUACAGCACUGGUUGAGUUUAACAUCACAUUAGAAGCCUCGCUACUGAAGGGGAUAUCUUGAGUGAUAAUAACAUUGGUAUCAAUAAUGGAGCGUUCACAAGUUAUAGGGAUUUGGAGGCUGUGCAUGGUUGGAUCCCGUGGGUGGAUGGGUGUGAAUAGGGUUAAUCCCUACUCAAACAUAACAUAUUUUCUAUGACUCCCUUACCAAACUAAAAGCAGACUUAAAGGUAGACACUAGUAUCUUCAAUAUCAAAAAUAUUUUUGACAUUCCCCUCCCCCUCCCCCUCCCUCCUCCCCCUGUUUUUUCUUUUGCUAUAGUUAAUAGGAGAAAAUGGCUGCCCCCUCCCCCCCUAGUCAUAACUCUCUUCCCCAUAAAUUAUGAACACUCCCUAAUAUACUGUAAAUAAUAAUCAAAAAUGAAGAUCGUAAAAACAAGAUCAAUAAAUAUUAAGCUAUUAUUUAGUUUGGAGAAUCUAUAAAAAAUAUUGCUGUCACUGAAAAAUGAUUGCUUUUGCUAAACAUUUUUUGAACCUGGAAUUUUAUUUUGGCACACGGAAAGAAUACUAGUUACCAGUGUUGUUCAUUUUAUACGAUUUGGCUAUUCCCUUUAAGCAUUCAUUCUUUCAUUUAUCCUUCAGAAAAUUUAUUGAAAAUUUGAAAUGGUUCCACGAUGAGGCGAUGAAAACUGUUAUAUUUUUUCCUGUUAUGCACAAUGUGAGCAAAAACGAAGCUCCGAGAAACGGAAAAAGUAACGUUUCGUCGAAGCUUCCACUUGGACUUGAGUGCUUGAUGUUUGUGCUUAAUGCGCGAAGAGUAAACUGAUCAAAGAUGGCCUUAAGGCGCGAUUACACGAGCAAUGUUCUCUGUAACUGUUGCGACACAAGUUGCAUGGAGCAUUACAGCGUGUAACCUACAGCCCAAUUUGAAAAAAUGUUACGAGACAAGUUGCAGCAAUCGUUGCGAAAAGUAGAAUUCGUUUUUAUACUUUUGGCAACGAUUGCGUCUCAGUUGCACCGUAUAGACACUCGUGCAACUUGUGUUGUUAACACUCUAGCAAGUUGAGUCGUAAUGGUGUUGCGAGAGAAAAAGAGAAAGUUACAGAAAAAAUUGUUCAGUGUAUUCCCGCCUUUAUUCAUUCACUGUUACCGUACUUAGGUGUACGAGCGCCAGUCGAAGAAUAUUCAUUAAACUCCAGAUUUUUGACGUUCAAUUUAUCAUUAGGAAUCUAUAGCUUUAAUAGCGCAAUUAAAAGUUGAAUAACGCGCACGUCUUAUGAGGAUCUCGCUAGUAACAAUAACGAUAGUAACGCUCGCAUUAACGAUAACGAUCUUAACGAUAACGGGAAUAACAUGCACAGGUCACUGAGCCCUCGAAUAGUUUGAAUAAUCAUUAAUGUUGAUAAUAGUAAUAAUAAUAAUAAUAAUAAUAAUAAUAAUGGUUACAUUGAAGAUGAUGAGAGUGAGCUUUUAUCUUGUAACUUCAAUACCUGUUAAUGAUUAUAAAAUGCUGUUUCAAUCUUUUUUUUUCUUUUUCAUUAAUUUAAGAACUAUUAAUCUACUAACUAAUGAAAAAAUAUUUAUAUUUUACUAGCCGACGUCAAAUGACCUAUUUUCUCGAGAUUUUUCGAGUGUUGGUUUGAGAUCUUGCUAAGCUGUCGCACAUGAGCGUUGCUUUAUGAAGUCAAAUAUAUAUCAAAGCUGUCUCGUUAUCUUUAAUUUAUCGAAAGUUUAAUAUAUCAUAAUCUUUAUUAAAAGUCAGUUCAUAUUUUUACUA